UCCCGUCCCGGCGGAGCCGCGCCCGGAGCAGCGGGACCGGGCCAUGGCGCGGCUGCGGGCGAUGCUGCUCCUGCCGGAGGCGAUGCGGAUCCUGCUGGUUGUGCUGGGCGCCGCGCUGCGCCCCACUGGUGCCUUCAACCUGGACGUGGAGCGCCCGACCGUCUACUCGGGCCCGGCGGGCAGCUUCUUCGGCUUCGCCGUGGACUUCUUCGCUCCCGACCCGUCUUCGACGUAUCUCCUGGUGGGAGCUCCAAAAGCAAACACCACCCAGCAGAACAUUGUGGAAGGAGGGCAGGUGCUCAAAUGCAACUGGAACUCCAACAGGAACUGCCAGCCCAUUGUGUUUGAUGACACAGGUAACAGAGAUUUUGCUCCCGAUGAUCCCCUGGAAUUCAAGUCUCAUCAGUGGUUUGGAGCCUCUGUGAGAUCCCAAAAUGAUAAAAUUCUGGCCUGUGCCCCACUGUACCACUGGAGAACCGAAACCAAACAAGAGAGGGAACCUGUGGGAACAUGUUACCUGCUUGCUGGGUCCAAAUUUGUGGAAUAUGCUCCCUGCAGGUCAACAAUCAUUGAUGCAGAUGGGCAGGGAUUUUGUCAAGGUGGAUUUAGCAUUGACUUUACAAAGGGAGACAGGGUGCUGCUUGGAGGACCUGGAAGCUUUUACUGGCAAGGCCAGCUUAUUUCUGACCGGGUGACAGAGAUUGUGGCCAAGUACAACUCCAAGGUCUACAGCACCAAGUAUGACGACCAGCUGGCAACCAAACCUGCCAGUGCUGCUUUUGAUGACAGCUACUUGGGUUACUCAGUGGCUGUUGGAGACUUCAAUGGUGAUGGCAUAGAAGAUUUCAUAUCAGGAGUCCCGAGAGCAGCGAGAACUCUGGGAAUGGUGUCUAUCUACAAUGGGAAGAACAUGUCUUCCAUGUACAACUUCACUGGGGAGCAGAUGGCUGCCUAUUUUGGGUAUUCGGUGGCUGCCACAGACGUCGAUGGGGACAAUUAUACAGAUCUGUUUAUUGGAGCCCCCCUUUUCAUGGAUCGAGGCUCAGAUGGGAAACUUCAGGAGGUCGGCCAGGUGUCCAUCUGCCUGCAGAGACCUUCUGGAGGGUUCCAGACCUCCAAGCUGAAUGGCUUCGAGAUCUUCGCACGGUUCGGCAGCUCCAUCGCCCCGCUGGGGGACCUGGACCAGGACGGCUUCAAUGAUAUUGCAGUGGCUGCACCCUACGGUGGAGAGGACAAGAGAGGACUUGUCUACAUCUACAAUGGGAGAGCAAGUGGUUUGAAUGCAGUGCCCUCCCAAAUCCUGGAGGGGCAGUGGGCUGCUCGAACUAUGCCGCCCAGUUUUGGCUACUCACUGAAAGGAGCCACAGACGUGGACAAAAAUGGAUAUCCAGACUUGAUUGUUGGAGCCUUUGGUGUUGACACAGCUGUUCUGUACAGGGCUAGACCAGUUAUUCGAGUAAAUGCUGCUCUGGAAGUUAAUCCAACCAUUCUGAACCCAGAAAACAAAGCCUGUUCACUGGGAGAUGUAAAAGUUUCUUGCUUCAAAGUAAAGUUCUGCUUAAAAGCGGAUGGCAAAGGCAAGCUCCCGAACUCACUCAAUUUCCAAGUGGAGCUGCUGUUGGAUAAACUUAAACAGAAGGGAGCUAUAAGGAGAGCUCUCUUUCUCCACAGCAAACAGCCCAGCCACUCUAAGAACAUGACUAUCACCAAGGGGGGCAAAAUGAACUGUGAAGAACUCGAUGCCUUCUUGAGGGAUGAAUCUGAAUUUAGAGACAAGCUAACUCCCAUUACUAUCUUCAUGGAGUACCGUCUGGAUUAUAGGACAGCUGCAGAUGCCACAGGAUUGCACCCCAUCCUCAACCAGUUCACUCCUGCUAAUAUGAGCAGACAGGCACACAUUCUGCUGGAUUGUGGGGAGGAUAAUAUCUGCAAACCAAAGCUGGAGGUGUCAGUAGAAAGUGAUCAGAAGCAGAUCUAUAUUGGUGAUGACAACCCCCUGACACUCAUUGUCAGUGCCCAGAACCAAGGGGAAGGAGCCUACGAAGCAGAGCUCUUUGUCGUCGUCCCACCUCAAGCGGAUUUCAUCGGAGUCGUCCGGAACAACGAGGCUUUAGCCAGGCUGUCCUGUGCAUUCAAAACAGAGAACGAAACUCGCAUGGUGGUUUGUGACCUGGGAAAUCCCAUGAAAGCAGGAACUAAGCUGUUAGCUGGCCUGCGUUUCAGUGUGCACCAGCAGUCUGAGAUGGACACCUCUGUGAAGUUUGACUUGCAAAUCCGAAGUUCCAACCUGUAUGACAAUCUAAGCCCAGUAGCAUUCUAUCAGGCUGACCUUGCUAUUUUAGCAGCUGUUGAAAUCAGAGGUGUGUCAUCUCCUGAUCACAUAUUCCUGCCUAUUGCAAACUGGCAGCCGAAGGAGAACCCAGAAACAGAAGAUGAUAUUGGGCCUCUGGUUCAGCAUAUUUAUGAGCUGAGAAAUAACGGUCCAAGUGCAUUCAGCAAGGUGAUGAUGACACUGCAGUGGCCUUAUAAGUACAAGAACAACACGCUGCUCUAUAUUGUCCAGUAUGAAAUGGAUGGGCCCAUGAACUGCACGUCGGACAUGGAGAUCAACCCACUGAAAAUUAAGAUUUCUGCUUCUAAGGAGGACGAUAAGAAUGACACCCUUGUCAGGGAAGAUGCUCGUGGCCAUCGCAUCAGCCGCAGGGAUUUGGCUGCCGCUGAAGGGGACGUGCAUACCUUGGGCUGUGGAACUGCUGACUGUUUAAAGAUUGUGUGUCAAGUUGGCCACCUGGAAAGGGGAAAGAGUGCAAUAUUGUAUUUAAAAUCCCGCCUUUGGACCCAAACUUUCAUGAACAAAGAAAAUCAGAAUCACUCCUACUCCCUCAAAUCAUCUGCUUCUUUUAGCGUUAUCGAGUUCCCUUAUAAGAACCUUUCCUUUGAAGAUAUCCACAACUCCACAGUAGUUACCACAAAUAUUACCUGGGGUAUUCAACCACAGCCUAUGCCGGUGCCUGUGUGGGUUAUAAUUUUGGCUGUCCUAGCAGGGUUACUGCUCUUGGCUGUUCUAGUGUUUGUUAUGUACAGGAUGGGCUUUUUCAAACGUGUAAGGCCACCUCAGGAAGAACAAGAAAGAGAACAACUGCAACCACACGAGAAUGGGGAAGGAACAUCAGAAGCUUAAGCAGAGUUUUAUCUGUAAGACAUUCUCAAAUUUAAAACUGCCUACGUCUUGGUUACAAAUAUUGGCUUCCCCAUCAGCAAAAAAAAAACCCAAAAACAACACUCACAACUGCAGAGCUGCUGGCCUCGGCAUCAGCACCUGCAAAAUAAGAGCAAUAUAUUUAAAUCCUCCUUUUUGUAUUAAUCCUGUUUGCACCUGCAACUAAUGCAGCUGCACUGACUGCUGUGUGGAAAGCUCACCUGGUAUGCAGUGCUUUGACUUCGCUCACUGGGACACAGGAGACAUCCUCUUUUUUUUUGGUUCAUGUACCAACUUUCCAUGAAUUUCUCCGUGGAUUCUGCAUUUGCUCUUGAAGCCAACAGCUUCCAUAGAUACUUGUUGGAUGAUAUGUUUGGUUUUGGUUGGUUUUCCUUUGAGUACACUACAUUUCAUUUUCUAGCUGUUCAAAGUUAGUUGCACAAAAAAAUGAAUGUAGCUUGUUUUACAGAACUGAAGAAUGUUCUUUGACCCAUUAAGUCUGAUGACAAUUUUUUCUCCUCCUCAAAAAAUAUGAAAUAUUCAGUGGAAUCAUUCCCAGCUGAUACCUAUUCUUUACUUGCUCCCCUGCCUUCUCAGUGGUCUGUCUUGUGGUUUCCCUCUAGGCUUUACAAAUACUGUUCUCCAGGUCCUGGGUUUCUGACUGUGGGGAUUGAGCCUACAAACACAAAAUGAGCAAUAGAAAGCUGGGGCUGAUGUCCUUUCUAUGGGACCUAGGGAGAAAAUUCGGGGCAAGAUCCAAAGACUCUGCUGUGUAUUUCCACAGAGCAGGAUCCAGGUGUUGCACAGAAUUCUUGGCAGCACAGACGCAUUCACAUUCUGCCAGGGACAACAUGUUGGAUUGUGGCUGCCAAAAACCCAUAGCCUGAAUUUCCACAGGACAAACCUCCCCAGGGUUUGAAAUGAUGUCUGUACGUUGCUUGGAUUGAGUUUCAGGUUCUGGCAGUGGAGGGAAUACUCUGUGACAGGUUACCUGGUGCCACCCUACGGGAGCUGUUGUUGAUUCUCACAUUUUGUGGUUGGCCACGCCCAAGUACAGGAUGGAAUAACACAGGGACUCUUUGAACUAGGCUAUCUGCCAGCCACACUCACACCUGCCUUGCCUCCUGCCCUGAGAGAGCAGUCAGUGAGCUUGUCAAGCGAAGCAAAGCAGAGCUGGCAACGCGAAAGGGUUUGAAAAGGGAAGGUUGAUUUGGCUUGUUUCAUUUCACUCAUUCAUUGUGUGUUCCACUGCACCACAGACAUUUCAUUGCACAAGACAUUUCAUUAUGUUCAAUACAUUUCAUUACCAGAAAAGACACUAAAUAUUUUGUUUCAUUGUUUUGUUUUAGUUUUGGUUUUUUUUUUCAAACUUGCUGACAGUCCAGUGGUUGAAAAGCACAGGCUUACAUCAUUCUUAGCCCACUUCCCUCACCGCUGGCGUAGUAAAAUGAAGCCUCUUGCACUUCUGAGAGAACACAAGAAUAUUGUCUAUGCACUUCAGUGGACAAGUAACUGCAAAUUAGGAGGUGGCUCAGCUUGCAACCAUGGGUAACUGUGUUCCACAGAUCUUAGAGUGGACAUAUUUAACUAUUACAAAGGUGCCCUCUGUGAGAUGUUUAUAAUAUAAUUAUAAACAUAAUUCCCUUUUGGCAAUAAGUUACAUUAUUAACUCCCUGUGUGCAGCCACAUACACAAAGGAAGUCUUCUCCUGGAUUUACACCACCGAGACUUCUAUGUAGACAAGCUCUUAAAAGGACAAAAAGUCUGGUUGGUUUGGUUUUGUAACUUGGGGUUUUUGUUCAAAGCUGCAUCUCCCCCGUGAAUACAGCAAAUCCUGCUAAACCCAGAAUUAUCUGAAAUGAACAGUUCGAUUCAAGUCUUAUUUCUGCAUCCUUUCAGAGAUUUAAAAUACACAAAUGGAUUUUGCUCUUCAGUCCAUUCUUACUCGCUGAACCACGAUGGCAUCUGAGUCCGUAAGGAAGACAGCACAAAGCCUUUGGGGGCCAGUAUGAACACCAGAUAUGGACUUGCCUAUUUAUCCAUUUACAUGGGUUUGUUUUAGACAGUUUGUUUAGAUAUAAUUACUUUAUUUGAAAGACCGUAGGGCAUAAUUUUAACUGAUUUUUCAAGGUCUUCAGUGAGGCCAGUGUUUUAUUUUUUCUUUACUUUUAGGAUUGUUACUAGUUUUAUAGUAAAGAAUGAGGAGUGGGGCUUUAAUCCUGGCCUCAAAAUGUGUCUUUGGUAGAACAGCAUUUCACUCCCUAAACACGGGCUUGUAGUUCACACACUCUGUCAGCUGAUUAUCGAGGAGAUUGGUUUUACCCAGCCUUAAUCUUAGUAGGUUAAGAGGUUUUGAAAGACUGUCAGACAGAUUAUAGCUCUAACUCUUACAUGUGUGCUUUCGUUACAUGUAUGCACCAUGCUGACUUGAAAUUUAUGGGACUACUUGCAUGUCUAGGCGUUAUAAGGAGAUUAAAACCCUCUUUUAGGAAAGCAUGAUGGAGAUCUCUCCAGCUUACAGGGAAGGGGCACUGUAGCAUUGUCAAUGCCAGUGCCAACUGCACCGUCAUUGCACUCUGCAAACUGGAAACUCAUUUUGCCAACUUUCAGGAU